GCCGGGGCGAGCGGGGCCCUCGGGGCGCUAGCCGCGGCGGCCAUGGAGGACGAGCAGCCCGACAGCCUGGAGGGCUGGGUGCCGCUCCGCGAGGACCUCUUCGCCGGGCCCGAGCGGCACCAGCUGCGCUUCCUCGUGGCCUGGAACGACGCGGAGGCCAAGUUCGCGGUGACCUGUCACGACCGCACGGCGCAGCGGCGGCGGCGGCGGCCUGAGGCGCCUGAGGCCCAGCCGGAGCCCAGCUGGGCCGGCCUGCUGUCGGCCGCCGCGCUCCGCGGCGCGCACCGGCAGCUGGCGGCGCUGUGGCCGCCGCUGGAGCGCUGCUUGCCGCGGCUGCCGCCGGAGCUGGACGCGGGCGGCGCGGCCUGGGGCCUGUGGGCGCUGGUGUGGCCGGCGCGGGCCGCGGGCCCCGGCGACGCGGCGCUGCAGGAGCUGUGCGGGCGGCUGGAGCGCUACCUGAGCGCGGCGGCCGACGGCUGCGGCGGCGCCACGGUGCGCGACGCGCUCUUCCCCGCGCAGGGCGGCGCGGCCGACUGCGAGGGCCCGCGCGAGUUCCGGGAGCGGGCCCUGCGCGCGCGGUGGGCCGGCGCGGGCGCGCGGCUGCGCCAGAUCCUUCAAGGACAUGGAGAAGCCAACACCAUGGUGGCGUUAAUGAAAGUUUACCAAGAGGAAGAUGAAGCGUACCAGGAGUUAGUUACUGUGGCAACCACGUUCUUCCAGUAUUUGCUGCAGCCAUUUAGAGACAUGCGAGAAGUUGCAACGUCAUGUAAGCUUGGUAUUUUGAAGUCCCUGAAUGAGGAUGACCUGGGUCCUAAAAGGAUAGCUGCCCUGCAGAAGGAAGCCAAGGAAUGGGCCAGGCAGGCCAAAGAUGCUGUUGUCUCCAUUCAAGAUAUCACGGUGAAUUAUUUCAAGGAAACAGUAGCAGCAUUAGCAGGAAUGCAGAGACAAAUGGAACAGGACAGGAAGAGAUUUGGCCAGGCUGCCUGGGCCACAGCAGCUCCCAGAUUAGAAAAACUCAAGCUAAUGCUGGCCCGAGAGACUCUGCAACUCAUGAGAGCCAAAGAACUGUGCUUAAAUCAGCAAAGAGCCGAAAUUCGGGGAAAGAUGGAAGACCUUCCAGAACAAGAAAAAAAUAUAGAUGUUGUAGAUGAAUUAGAAAUACAGUAUUAUGAAAUUCAAUUAGAACUGUAUGAGGUUAAAUUUGAGAUACUGAAAAAUGAAGAAAUACUGCUCACUACACAGCUGGACUCUAUUAAAAGACUUAUAAAAGAGAAACAGAAUGAAGUUGUUUAUUAUGAUCCCUGUGAAAAUCCGGAGGACUUGGAAGCCAUCGACCAAGCUGGGGCGCUGCAGGACGAGAGGCAUCUGGAGGUGUGCGAGCUCAGCAGGCAGCGCCGGCAGCUGGAGUCCCGGCGGGGCAGCAUCUGCGCCAGAAGAGCCCGGCUCAGGAACCGCAAGGAUCAAUGCCAGGAAAAUCAUCGGCUCCGAUUGCAACAGGCUGAAGAAAGCAGGAGAUACGUCCAUCAGCAUCACGGUAUUCAGAGGAAAAGAGACAAGAUGAAAGAAGAGGAGCAAAAGAACAAAGAGUGGAUAAAUCAAGAACGCCAAAAAACGCUCCAGCGACUGAGAGCAUUUAAAGAGAAACGUCCAGCUCGGCCUGCACCAAGAACCUCUUGCUCUGAGCCUGGGGCUCCAAACCCGUCCCCUGGCCUCUCCCCACAGACGCCCUCACCUGCCGUGUCAUCGUCCCCACGGGAACCCAGAAGCACUCUCUCACCCCCAGGCGCUCCUGUGAAGCCCCCCCAGCAUCAAGACUGUGUGGGAAACGGCCCUGCCCGGGUUUGUGUGACAGGUGGUGACCAAACACGCUCCACAUCCAGUGAGGACUUGUCCCUGCCGCCGCCUCAACACCCUCCCCCUUCUCUUCCCCCACCCCCACCGCCACCCCCACCACCUCCACCACCGCCGCCGCCGCUCCCUGCUCUGCCGACUUGGUCUCAAGCUCAUCCAAAUUCACACUUCAGGACCACAGUCCAGGAUGACCAGCCACUGCCUCUAGUGUGUGAGCCACCUGCCCAGAGGCCACGUGAUUCCUGGGAGAGCCACCAGGGCCCAGGCUCUAUGGACGAAGUGCUGGCCUCCCUAAGGCGCGGCAAGACCCCGCUCCGGAGCGUGGAUGUGCCCGCUGGGCCCCCGCCCCCGCCCCGCGCCGCGGUCAACGAGCACAUUCUGGCCGCCAUAAGGCAGGGGGUCAAACUGAAGAAAGUGCACCGGGAGUCAAGCCCCAGCCCCGGCCAGAAACCCACCAGCGACCUGGAGAGGAGCAUCAAGGCCGCCCUGCAGAGAAUCAAGAGGGUGGCCGCCGACUCCGAGGACGAGCUGGAGUCCGGGGAGGAGGGGGAGGCGACGGCGGCCACUGAGCAGAGCCAGAGCGAGUGGGACCAGUAAGCCCCGGGCCACACUGGAUGGAGGCAGCCUGGCCAUGCAACACGCUGCUGCAGGGGGCAGGGGAGCCGAGGUGUGGCGACCGCCCCACACUGGCCCAUGGUGGGUAGAAACCCAGGGCGAGUGUGCCGGCCAGGGGAGUCAGACGCAGUCUUCCCUUGGGGAAACCCAGCAGCAGUCCCCGAAUCCCAGGGCAUCCCCGUCAGCCUGCGAGCAGGGGGAACAGCGGACUAUCACAGAACGGUUUGAGUGUGCACGCCCCAAGUCUUAGCAAUAAUCAGAAUCCACUGCUCCUGUUCAGGGGCAACUUUAAAUAUUUAAAUAGAAUUUAUUUUAUGUAUCGAACACCAUGUCAACUCAUAAUA